AUGUAUUUAGAACCUGGAGAUACAUGGAAGAGAAGUAUUUCCCUAAUCAACUCUAUCAAUAAUCUCAAUAGCCCAUUCAAAGUUACCUUCUUAUUGACUUUUAGUCAUGCGGAGAGUCAAUUUUCUUUGGAAAUUAAGAGACAAGAAUUUAAUUUGAUCGAUCUUAUUCAACCAUCCACUCCUCAGUUUGUGAAUAUGAAAAAGAAUUUGGGAUUGAUACGAGUAGAGAGUUCAAAACAACGACUAAAAUCUCUAAUGAAUAAGGGAUUGACAAAUUAUGCCACUCUCUCCAAUUUUAUGCCAUCCAUGACUCAUGGGUUCAAACUUCGAUUCAAUCCAUUGGAGGAAGAUUUCACCAACAAUUGGCAAUCCAUUCUUCAAAUUCCACUCCGCCAAGAUUUACCCAAAAAUGUGUUGAAUAGAGAGUUGGUUUCUCUCACUUCCAAUAAUUUCUCAUCGUCCACCUCUCUCAUUACUCCCUAUGGUCAUGAAUUGAAAUUGAGAAUAUCUCCCUCUUCACGUACUCUACACUCUUUCGAUGUCCUACUUCAGGGUAGUGAUUUUCAUUCUCUUCUUCUUGCUCGAUAUUCCAUUCUCUCCAAGUUCCAACACUUUCUACACUAUAGAAAUGAGUUACUUGGUUCAGAGACCUAUCCAAGACUCUCCUCUAAAGAGGAAUUGAUUGAACUCAUCAAGACAAUGCAGAACUUUGGAGAUGAAAUUCAACACCUCCACACUACACUUGAACAACUUGAACACAACACCUCAACACUUCUAUGCCAGCAAACCAAUACUAGUAGCAGUGAGCCCCUCUCUCAGCUAGUCUCCAAAAUUGUUUCAUUCGAUAGGAAGGCUAUUGAAUUAUACAGAGAAAUGAGACAAGCCAAAGAACGUGGUAAAAAACUAGUUGAAGAAUUUACAGAUGAUGAAGUGGUAAAAUUCGAUAUACCUGAAGACAUACCUCCAGCAACAAUAUCGGAACCAACAAUAAUUGAACAUCAAAAACCUAAAAAUCCGAUCAAAGACUCACUAAUCAAACAACUGGAUCCAAUUCAUCAUAUUGAAAAUUAUUUACCACCACUCUUACAACAACCAAGCCAAUCCUUGUCAUCUUUCUUGGCUCAUGCUUUUACAACAUUUUCGAAUGACUCGGUAAUGAUUAUUGGACCUGGUGGAUCAGGGAAAAAACAUUUAAUACGAUAUACAUUGAAUGAGUUGAGAAAAUCAUCUAAAUAUUCAUUCAAAUCUGUUUAUAUUGAUGGCUCAAAUGUGUCAACUGAUGCCCACUUGUUAGGAAGUGUACUUCAAGAAUUGGAAAAAUGUAAAUCAGAUGAUGAAGAAUCAUCACCAUCAACAACUAAUGAAUCAUAUUUCGAGGAGGAUGACGAUUUUGAUGAGCAAGCAAAAAGUGUGGAAUUUUUAAAAGCUCUCAAAAACUUUCCGAAUCAAAGUUUAGUAUUUGUAUUGGAUGGAUUUGAAAAUCUAUGUAAAUAUUCAGGGAAAAUGUUAUACACCAUCACUGAUACUUGUCAUGAAUCCAAAUUGAGUGUUAUUAUUAUUGGAAUUUCGAAAAGCUCUUCAAUUGCCCUAUCUAUGGAUAGAAGAGUAAGGAGUAGAUUUUCUUCCAGGAAGAUUUAUACCUUCCUCCCAAGAAAUGCAGCACAAGUUUCACAAGUGAUGGAAUUUUAUUUAGGGAUUACAGACAACUCGGAAGAUGCAUCGAUCGAGUUCUACAAUAAUAGUCUAAAAAAUAUGUUACUGAAUCCUGAUGUGGUACAAAUAUUGGAAGAGUGUGUCUUACAUCCAAAUUGCUCAUUUUACUUUAAUUUGGCAUCAAGGAUUUUUGACCUAGUAUUGGAAAAAAUUCAAAAAUACCCAAUUGUGGACUCGACCAUGGAGAUUUUCACACCAGAAAUUUUUAUUCAAUCCUUCUUGUCUCUUGUAAAUAAUAGGCACAAUGAAAGAUUAUCCUCCAUUCCUAGACUCAAUCAAUGUCAAUUGAUUUUAUUGUGUGCAGUAAAGAAGAUUGAAUCUCUUUACAAUGCAAAGAAUUCUUCCAUUGAUAUUACUUUUGACACACUCUUUAAUUUAUAUAUGAAGUUUGCAUCUGGAGGAGCUCAAUCAUCCAAUAUUAGACAAGAACACUUGUUUUCAGAGGGAAGAACAUUGAUUGAGACAGAUAAUCAGGUAGUUUUCCAAAAUUUUAUUUCACUCCUCGAAUUGAGAUUGAUUCGUUUUACAACCAAAGAUUUUCCCUCUACAAGAAAGGAACAAGCUUCAACCAAGGUCAGACUAAGCAAUAUUCAUCCAUCUCAAAUCGAACAUGAAAUUGAGAGGCUAUAUCAUGAUAGCAAAUUAUCAACCAUGACACCAGAAUUGUAUGAAUGGAAUAAAGCAGCCUCUCUUUAA